CCUCCAGCGACUCUGUUUUCCUCUCUCUCUCCUACAUUGUCUGCUGGAUAGUAAGAGAGAGAGAGAGAGAGAUAGGAGGAGGAGAGAGCCGCGGAACAGAUGUGACAGGACUUUUUUUCACACCUCUCGUUUUGGGGACUUUACAAUCUACAUUUUUUGCCGCACGUGUGUGUGUGAGUUUUUUCGUUUUUUUCUCUUUCUUUCCUGACGUUUUUCUUAAAUUAUUCUCACUCCGGCCGACGACAAUGUCGGAGAGCAUCGCGAGGAAGGUCCAGCCUUUCACCAUCGGCACCAAGCUGUCCGCCCCGGCGGUGCCCAAGAGCCCCGACUUCACGCCACAGAGCUUCCACCUCCGUCCCCUACACCACCACCCUCAACACCGCCUCCGUCACCAACACCACCACAGCGUCAACAAGAGCCUGGACAACCGCACGCCGGCCUCCUGCAACCUCAACGACAACGCCUCUCUCUACCUCAGCCUCUCUCAGGGGUCCCAGGCGUCCCAGGCCGGCCACGGACCCCUCACUGUCUCAGUCCUGCCCCCCCACUGUGAGGCAGACCGGGACCCUGACACAAGCGGUGGUGCUGGCGGUGGCAGUCCAGCCGGCUGGGGACAUGGCAGAGGAGGACCAGCUGAACCAGAAUGUUCUGGCUGCUACUACUACUACUACUACUACUACUACUGCUACUGGGAGUGCUACGUCCACCACCACCACCACCACGGCCGUGUCGCGGUCCAUCAAGAAGAUCACCAUCUCAGGCAGCAGAGAGAGCAGCCGGGAGACGCAGGCUGCCAGUAGGCUCCUCGCUCAGGGGUCGGGUAAAUCCUCGCCCGGCCAGAACACCAACAACAACAACAAUAACAACAAGAUCACAGCCACGGCCAGAGCAGGGGCUCCACUGCCUGCUAUUGUGGGGGUGAGCUUGUGAGAAUAAGCCCGGUUCUCACUUUAAGGUCUUACUUAGAAAGGACCGAGUCGCUGAAGCCCAGACCGUUAAAGAACAGACCACAUUACAAGUGAAGAGUGAGAGUGCUGCUCUGCAGGUGACCUCAGUUCCCGGCCCGGUCGCCCAGGAGCGAGUCAAGAGGAGAGGAGAGCCAGCAGCAGCAGCACCCAGGCCUACACAACAACGGGUCAUUGCCCGUCGUAUCCCACAGUGACUGCUUUACCCAGCGGAACGCCCUCUUCAACCAGGAGAUCCUCCAGGCCGAGGCAUGGAUCAAGAGGAGGCUGCAGGAGCUACAGGGAGGCCCCGCUGGCCAGUGCUGCCCCCUGCAGGGCAGCGAGGAGGCCUCCACCACGCUGCACAGAGACCUCAAGGUCUUCGAGAACACGCCUGACUCAGCUCAACCAGACGGGCGAGCAGUUGAUCUGCAAGCUGAACCCCUCGGCGGAGCUGGCGAGGAGACAGCUGAGCCAGCUCAGAGAGCACUGGCAGACGCUGAGACAGACGGCGGCCGAUCAGGCGAGGGCGCCGGGUGGCGUUGGCGUGAGGAGCUUGCAGGAGUUUCAACAGGAAAGUCGAGCGACUCGAGGCCUGGAUCAGAGACAAGGAAGCAGAGCAGAGCCUGUCCAACAUCCUGGCGGAAAACGUGGACAAAAUGCAGCUCACGAGGAAGAUCCUCGAUCUGAAACAGGAGGAGCUGCUCCAGAGAACCCUCCACGAGGAGAUCAACCAGCUGGCCUCCAGGCUGGAGAAGCAGGGGAAGACGGACGGCCGACAUGUCUCCAGCACCAGGAAGAACGUCAACAAAAUGUGGCUGAAGGUGCAGGCCCAUCUGAAGACCUACCACGAGGACCUGCAGCUCGCUCUGGAGGCGUCCUCGCUCUACCACCAGGCAGACAGCAUCCUGUCGGCCAUCCACAACGUGAGGAGAAGUCCACGUGAGCGCGGGGACACCGAGUCGCACGGCGACAGGGAGAUCCGGGACAUCGCCAGUCAGAUCAUGAUGCUGAACGUGAACGUCUCCCAGCUGUCCAACCUCCACCCCGCCCUGGCGCCCGGGCUCUCCCAGAAGCAGAGUGAGGUGAAGGACUCCUGGGCAGCCCUUCAGAGGGCCCUGAGGAGUGACAGGUCGGACCCGCCCCCAUCUGCUUCUACUUUCACCAGGGAAGAUGAUGACCCCGUGACACCGGGACGAGAACCGCAUCGCGUAAUGGGAACCGAGCCCAAAAGGAUCAUGGGAAAGGAGGGGAGGGAGGAGCGGAUCCGUCUCAAAAGCUGCGCGACCACCAGCGACAGCCAAAGCAGCAAGAGAACUCCCAGCAGCCCCGGCGGCGAGCCACGGCCCACAAGCCACGCCCCUUUUGCCCCGGGAGACGCCCCCGCCUGGCAGGAUGAUGUCAUGCUCAGACGUCGCUCCGCAGGCGAAAGGAAACCGCGAGUGGUGGAGCAGGAGGCCCCGCCCCCCCUCCGGGCCCACCCGCAGCUUCAGGCCCAGCUCCAGAAGUUCACCGUGUCUGCCGACAAGACCCUGUCGUGGCUGAAGGAGAAUGUGGGCCUGGCCACACAGGUGUGCUCUGUGGUCGGUCAGGACGGGCUGGAGGCGGCCAGGCGCUGUCAGGAAGCUCUGGAAAAAGAGAUCCUGUCCAAUGGAACCAGGAUAGAGGUGGUCAAGAGGGAGGGGCGGGGCUUGAUCCGGGCCCAGCACCCCGGGAGCGAGAAGAUUGAGACCUUCCUCGGCCAAUUGGAGUUCCUGUGGGAGGAGCUGAGGAGGAGGCACCAGAGGAACGCCGGCUUCCUGCAGGCCUCGGAGGAGCUGGGGUUCCGGGCGCUGAAGGCUCUGCGGGGGCUGAGCGGUCUGGAGGCGUGGCUGGAGGCGGUGGAUUUGACCCUGAGCCACGAGGCCUCCGUGGCCGGGGACCCCCACAGCAUGAGCGUGGCCGAGCGGGAGAGCCGUCUGCUGGAGAGGGAGGUGUCGGCGCGCGGGCUGGAGCUGGACGCGCUCCGCCUGGAGGUGGAGAGGCUGGGGGAGGGCCGGGGUCCCGACCACGACCACGCCCACGCCCACGCCCACGCCCAUGACCUUGACCACGCCCACGACCGCGCCCAUGACGUUGACCACGCCCACGACCGCGCCUAUGGGGGGCUGCCGGGACGACUGGCGGCGGUGGAGAGGAAGUACCAGCGGGUCCAGAGCGCUCUGACCCAGCAGAGCUCGGAGCUGCAGGACACGCGCAUGCUGACCGAGUUCCUGGAGCGUGUGGAGCUGGAGGAGAGCCAGGACCCCAGCCAGUACCGCCUGGCCCAGCCUCUCCACAGUGACAUCACCUCGGACCCCUCUCCGCUGGCCCUCCCAGGCGGCGGGCUGGGCGAGCCCCUGAUAGAGAGCCUGGGCGACCCCGUAGGAGAGCUGCGGGAGGCGGUGGAGAUGCUUAACGACACGGUGAGGCAGCGAGGCCGUACGCAGAGCCACGACAAGGCCGUCCGCUCGCUGCUCAGCAAGCACGCCAGGGUGGCGGUGCGUGUGGAGGAGUGCCUGUGCUGCAGCAAGGAGCUCAACAUGGACGUCCUGGAGAGGGAGACCGACUUGGCCGUCCGGUGUGAACCGGAGAGCUGUGGUCUGGAGGAACUGGAGGAGCAGCAGGACCAGCUGGAGAUCGACUAUGAGGUCAUCCGAGAGGAGGUGGAGGACAUGGGGAGCGAGGCCUCGCGGCUGGAGCAGCUGUGUCCGGAGAGGCUGCAGGUCCCGGGGGGGAGCCGGAUCCAGAACACCCUGCAGGCCUGGAAGGAGCUGGAGAGCAGCAUGGCGGAGAACCGCUCGCGACUGCAGGAGUUUAUCCAACUCAAGUACUUCUUCAGGAGCUACCUCGCCAUGAUCUCGUGGACCGAGGACACCCGGGCCUGCAUCUUCUCUGACAGCGCGCUGAACCUGGGGAGGGACGGGCAGGAGCCGAUCGCCACGGAGCUGGACCGACAGAUCGAGCAGAAGUUCCAGGAGUUUGACGAGCUGGCGUCCACGGGCGUCAACCUUCUCCGCCGGGAGCACCACCUCACCGAGAUGGUGAAGGAGCGUAUGGAGGAACUGAGGAGCAUGCUGGGUUGGAUCUCAGUCCACUGGAGGGCCCAGAAACAGCAGUGGCUUGACAGGCUGAAGAGAGAGGAGGGCUCACAGGACAACAUCUACUGUGAGGCCGCAAUGGGCUCACCACUCACUGAGAGUUCCACUCCCAGACCAGAGGUCUACCAGUGCCUCCGGCCCCUCGGAGCCAGCCCCCGCGAGGACACCCAGACGCCGCGGCCUGACAGCCAACCCGCCUCCCCGGGCAGCAGGCCGGCCCAGCGCCCGGACCCGGGCCAGGAGGACGACUACGAGGUCAUGACCCGUGUCGGGGGAAGGCCGGGAGGCGAGGCGGCCAAGCCCACCGUCUUGGUCCUCAAGGAGCCCGGCGGGGCUGCCCUGGGGGGCACCGUCAACCUCCUGCUCAGCCUCCGCAGCACGGGGGACAGCCAGGUCCAGGUGCUGGAGCCCCCUGCUGGAGUGGAGGAGGAGUUGCAGGAGGAGGCCUCAGAACCCGUUCACAGGGUGAGCACCUACCUGCACGUGAAGGACAGCGGCAUCGGUCUGACGCCCGUCUACGAGAGCAUCACCCUGCCCCGCCUCAAGACCUACGCCUCCAGCCAGGUGGCCAUGCCCUCCUGCUCCACCGCCGCCUCCUCCUCCUCCUCCCCCUCCUCCUCCACCUCCUCCUCGACGUCCUCCUCCUCGCCGCUCGCCACGCUGGCGCCCGGCGUGUUCUUCCACCCGACGGCCCGCGGCGGCGCCUCCAUGUUCAGUAGCCUGAAGAGGAUGGGCCAGAAGAGGAAGAGGAAGAGGGACGCCCGCCGCCACACCAUCCAGAGGAUCAUGGGGGUGGACGAGCGGGCGGGGGCGGAGCCCCGCUACGGCUGCGAGGGCGUGGCCUACGACACGCACACCUGGCCGCUCAAGGAGGGCCGGAGGAAGAAGCAGAGCGCGGCGAAGAGCCCCGUGAGAGUGGGAGGAAGAGGAAGAGGAGGCGAUGGAGGGGGAGAGGAAGACACGGCGUACAUGAAGAACCCCCUGCUGAUGGACAUCGACGGCGAGUGCUCGGGGGAGUACAGCAUCACGCCGUACGCCGUGUGCGGCGGGCCUCAGGUGAGGAGCCACUGCCGCUUCCUCUCCCUGGGCUCCGUGCUGAGCUUCGAGCUGCCCAAGGACAUGAGCGUCAUCCCCAGCAUCCAGGACAUCAUCACCAUCGCUCCGCCCGAGUGCAAGAAGGCGGCCGGGGCCGACCCGGAGCAGCAGCGGCCCCGGUCGUUGAGCUCCUUCAAACACACCCCGCCCACCCCCCACAGCCCCCGAGUGUAUCCCGGGUAUCCCGAAGUCGUCGUUAAGGGCACGCCCGACGCGGGGGAGACCACCCCUCGCCACCCGCACCCCCAUCAACCCCAUCCCCCGUUCCCGGGAGAGGUGGCGGAUCAGACCGUGCCGUGCACUGACCUCCGCGGGGCCUCCGGGCCGGGUCUGCAGGAGGACCCGGAGACGGAGUGGGACAAGAUGUCCCAGCUCCAGGUCAGCUCCUCCGCAGACGCAGACGAAGACUACGUCGUCAUGGAGGGGAGCGGGCGUCUCAGGCAGCUCUCGGCGGACAGCGGCCCGCGUGGGAACCCCGCCCGGGGGGACGGUGCCUCAAAUGUGAACGCCGUCCUGGUUGCCGCUCCCGCCGCUGCCGCCGCCGCCGCCGCCGCCGCCGCCGCUCCGUCGGCGACGCGCGGCCGCCACGAGUGCCUCAGCGUGCACACGCUGAUCCAGGACCUGGACAAGCACCAGUACCACAGGGCCGCCGGGCUCCAGGGGGAGGAGAGGCUGCCGGCUCAGGUCCAGAGCCAGGCCUCCCACAUGGUGGUCAACCUCAAGGCGGCGGUGGGCGUGGGCGGCCUCAACGACUCCCUGGACUCGGGGGUCUCCAGCACGGGCAGCGCCAGGCUGUGCGCGGAGGCCCCGUGCCCAGACGUCGUCCCCCGGCCCCGGGCGGUGGUGAGGAGGCUGGUGUCUCUGGAGCUGGAGGGGCUGGACUGCAAGCUCGCCAGGGUGACCAGUGGUCAGGCGCCCGUCGAGCCGCCGCCGCCGCCGCGCUCCCCCCUCGCUCCGAACGAGGCCGGGGGAGAGCUCGAGGCUGGGGUCGAGGGCGAGGGCGAACCGUUCCGCACGGACCACCGGCAGUUCGAGGAGGAAGAGGAGGAGCUGGAGGACAUCUGGAACCGCACCAGGAGCUACCGGCAGAGUAUCUGCUCCGACAUCAUGUACCAGCCCCACCAGGAGGAGGAAGAGGCCCCCGCGGCCCCCUGCCACCAGGGGGAACCCCCCCUGGACACGCCCCUGUCGCCCGCCACCAAGCCCCAGGCCGUGCUCUACAGGAAGCUGGUCACGGCGUCGGCCCCCAACCUCCUGGUGGCCGAGUUCAAGCUGCCCCCGUCCAUCCAGUCCCUGCUGGGGUACGACAGGGAGAAGCCCGCGGGAGAGCGGCUCCCCCUGGUGGCCAAAGGCGAGAGGAGGUCCUGGGCCUGCGAGUCUUCUUCUGCUGUUGUGAACGAGAGGUCUUCAGACGUGGUGAAGCGGACCGAUGUGGUGGACACUCAGAGAUACGUUUACCGCUAUGGAGACGAAGAGGAGGAGGAGGUGGAGGAGGAUGCAGAGGUGGUGAAGAAAGGGCAGGAGGAGGAACAGAUGAAGGAGGACGCAGCUUGUUUACAGGAGCAGUCGGUGAGCCUACUGUCGGUUCUCAGGAACCCAGAGGGUGCCUCUCGUAUCGGAACCACCCUAGAAAGCUCCAGCGAGAUGGAGAAUCAGGAUCCCAGGAUGGCCACCGGAGGGCGCUGCAGGACAACGAGUGGGAAGGCAGAGCUGCAGUCCAUGGAGGGAACUCUGGAGAGGAAGCAUAAACUCCAGCUAGGGGGGAAGAAAGCGGCGUCCAGAGGCUGGAACUCCCACCACGCCGUCCUGUACAGACACAGCCUCUGCUUCUACCAGGACAGGAAGGAUACGCUGAGGAGUUCCGUGUGCGGGCUGCCACUCAACCUGGUGGGAGCGGAGUGUGAGCCAGUGCCGGAGUACACCAAGAAACCCAACGUCCUCUGUCUGCGGCUGCGAGAUGGCUCUGAAUACUUACUGAACGCCUCGUCGCGCUUCAUGAUGAGGAAAUGGAUGCUGAAGAUACAAGCAAACACUGGACCCACUAGCUCCGCCCCCUCAGUGUCUCCUGGCCCUGUCAAUCAAGACCUCCCUGUUUCCUCGAGCCGCUCGCUGUGCCCUGGCUGCCAGGGUACGGACCGAUGCCACUGCUCCUCCCGGCCGGACCUCAUCUCCACCUUCCCCCGGCGCAAGGACCGGUCGCCCCCCCAGGCCAAAGAGAUCGUGGUGCUGACCCGGGAGUACAGCCCCAUGACCCAGGGCGGUCAGAGCACGGCCGGGGAGCAGUCGAGGGCGGUGGCCCCUGCUGCGGCAGAACCCCGUGGCGAUGAUGAUGAUGAUGAUGAUGAUGAUGAUGAUGAUGAUGAUGAUGAUGCUGUGGCCGGCCUGAGGAGUCUUUCUGGGGGCUCUCCAGGGAACAGCCCGCCUUUGUCCUCCCCCCACAGCCCGGGGGCCGCUGAGAAAGGCUGGCUCCAGAACAAAUGCCGCUCCCACUCCUUCACCUCAGCCACUUAUCAGAAGAUCCGUCCGGUGAGGAAGCUUACCCCCGCGGUGGGGGGGGGCGGGGAGCUGGGCUCCAGCUACUCUGUUACUCUGGUGAUAGGCGACCGGUCCUCCGGGGACCAGGGGGGGCCUCCCGCCAGCGGGGGCCCCGAAACCCCCGUGCUGCUGGGCACGGUGGGGUGGACGCACCGGGCCCCCCCCGGGGAGGACGGCGCCCCCUGGAGCUACGCCAGCCUGCCGCGACCGGCGCGCAACAAGUCUGUGUUCAAGAAGAUCUUUGGGAAGAAGGAGGGACAUGUGUGAAGGGGCUCCGGCCGUCACAGCGGCGCCCCCUAGUGGAUUUUUUUAUAUAGGUUUUAUAUUGAUGUUUUUUAAUGUGCAGGGCACAUGUUUCUUUAAGAAGUAACCGGCCUGAGUCGAGUAGUUGCAGAUUAUAUUUAUGUUCAAGAGGGUGGACAAGAGUUGUGUGUUGUUUAAAUCAAGCUUUGUGAAAUCACUUUCGUAAUUUUUGUAUUAUUUUGUGUUCCAAAGUAAAGUCUUACAUUUCUGUUCUAAAUUAAAUAAUGUCCAAUUACAAUUAACUUAAUCAAGGGACCCUUAGACCAUAAUUGUUGAGCUAAUCAACAAUCUCCACAUCCACUUCAGACAAUAGACCAAAAGGAACCAACCAAUCAAGUUGCUUUAAUUUAAUAUACCGGUAUGUUUGAUUUGCCUCUUCUUGGUAACAUAUUGUUUGUAUUGGAAGAUUUUCUUAGAUGCCAAUAUCCUGUUUUAGAUUAAUAGAUAUGCGACACCAUGAUGGGUUAAGUGCAUCCCACUUAAAAGUUUCCUCUUUGGAUUGUGAAUGGAAGAGUUUUGUGUGAGAGAAUAGCUGAAUGACAACAUUUCCCCGAACCCAUCUGUAGUUGUCUGUUGUAUUCCGAAAUGGCUGCAGGCUACUGCUGUGUUUUGGUGUAAACAGUGGCGUACAAACAUAGAAAAGAUACCGCUUAGGUUAAAAGCAGCGUGUAAUAUAAAAGCUGAUCCCUUUUCUGAUGUUUAUCUUAGUUCUUGUUGUUUUUUUACAUAUACUGAAUGUAUACCACUCAUACUACUUGUGUUGCUGCAGCCUGAUUCACAACCCAAAGUAGUCCAAUAGGACUCUGAUGGGCUUUGCUUCACUACACCGUCGGUUCCAGCAGUUUGAUACUGCGUGUGCUUGUCUAGGGACGAACGCCUCAUUCACAAUGUCAUUUAUAAUAAAACAUUUUUAAACCAAACAAGAGAUGCAA